AUGGCCAAAACCGAGAAAGAACCACCGUCGUACGUGAUUUGCGCCAAAAGAAUAUCAACAAAACAAAGGUUUACUAAGGAUUGCAGCAUCAUGGGCGAGACUGUCCCUAUAUCAAUUCAAGGUGGCCAGAUUCAUGUGCAUAGAGAGGUCCUUACAUCUACCUCGGAUUUUCUUAAGAAUGCCAUGAAGCCAGAAUGGCGUGCCGACAAGAACCGUCCAAUCGAUUUGUCUGAAGAGAACCCCAAAGCCGUCGAAAUUUACUGCCAAUGGCUUUACUCAGGCAAAAUUGCUUGUUGUGACAACUCUUUGUCCACGUGCACAUCCAUUUGUCAACUCUAUGUCCUUGGCGAGAAGUUGAUGGACCAAACGUUUAAGAACACGGUCCUGGACUUCAUAGUAAAGGGGCUUGAUGGUGACUUCGGGUUUCGUCUCACGGCGGACGGUAUCAAGAUCAUUUAUGAAGGCACUCCCAAAGGCUCACCAGCGCGCCGCCUCGUGGUUGACAUCUGCGCAUACCAUAUAACUCCUCGGCUUAACCUUGAUGUUCUCUCCUGUUUUCGCGGAACUGAUUUCCUUGAAGAAUUGAUAACGGCUUUGGUUGCUGUGCGUUCACCACCUCGUAACAAAGUUCCACCCUGGGCUACUCAGCCUGAGUCCUACCAUUUAAGUCACCCCAUGUUGCACUACUUAUAUUCUCAUCCUGCCUGCUCUACCGUGCAUACUACCGAUUAG